AUGAUAGAUAGGGGCGAAGACCCCGUGCUGGCGCCGACCGAUGAAUCCUGUGAUAGGCGGACCAGGCUAAAAAAUUUUCACAGGCUUUUUCACAAGGGUGAAUACCUUAUCAGCAAUGGAUUUUUGAUGGUAUUGCAAAAGGUGUUUCGAGCACUCGGUGUAUUCAUUGCUUCAUUUCCAUAUAUUUUCUUAUUAGCUACACUUUUAUUUUCAACGGUAUCUUACGGGGUGAUUUAUGUCAGAUUUGCUCAACGUUUACAGGACGGAUUUACUUCUGCAAAUUCACCGUCUCGUUAUGAAGAAGAAAUUUUUACCCAAUUUACCGGUUCUGAUAAUUCACACACUCAACACUUUGUGGCAUUAAUACGAGCUAUAGAUGGAAGUAGUAUGUUGAGGCUUGAUAAUCUUCAAAGGGCGUUAGAUGUUAAUAAAUUUCUGAGGUAUGAAUUUGCUGUGGAGGUUGACGGUGUUUUGUAUCGACAAGGCAACUUUUGUAAACAGUAUUGUGAAAUGAAUAAGCCUCUUGAUAUAUUGAAGGGAAAAGGAUUGCACGAAAUACUGUAUGGAAACCGGCUGGAGCACGUCGAAAUGAUAUCAUUGAUUUUUUAUGCUGCAGCUCCGAAUGCCAAUGUGACAAAUAUAUUGGCACGCUGGGAGAAUGAGGUUUUUGAAUGGGCAAAAAAUACAUCUCGGGAAUUUCCAGAAUUAACUAUUGAUGUACUUGGUGAUAAAGUUUUGGGAAGAGAAAUGGUCAGAGGUGGUUUAUCUUUGAUACCUCACCUAUGUACAGGCCUUGCAUUAUCUGUCGCUUUUGUUUUGGUUUCUGUUAUAUUUUCAUCAGUACGGUGUAAGCGAGUCGAUCUCGGGAAAAUACUUGUUGUUAUGGGAAUUGUCAUUUCACCCUUGCUUGCUGUUUGUACAACUUUUGGUAUCAUGGGGUUAGCUAAAAUUGAGAUUUAUCCGAUCCAGAUGGUUAUACCGUUUUUGAUUCUUGCCGUCGGGGUUGACGACGCCUUUUUGAUGGUUCAUGCGUGGAAUCGUUUGACACCUGCAUAUGAGCACCUAAGCGGCGAUGAAAAGCUUCGAGCUAUCCCGGCGAUGUUUGGGCGCGUUUUGGAAGAGGUGGGACCAUCGAUCACAAUCACGUCGCUCACAAAUGCAAUGGCUUUUGCUAUCGGUACCACUGUAUCCACUCCGGCUAUACAGUUAUUUUGCAUGGCAGCCACAAUAGCUAUGAUCGUAGACUAUAUUUUCGAAUUGACUUUAUUUGGGGCUCUGCUUUCAUUAGCAGCAAGACUGGAAAGAGUUUGGAAUGAUCCUGUGGCUGAGAAAAAGCCAAUUGGUGAAACAGCGCUCGAGAAGUUGGGUGAGGGAGAAAAAAAUAAAAAAUACAGCCGACUUCUGCGGUGUUACUGCCACUCGCUGACGACAACAUGGGCUCGUCUUAUUUUACUCGCAUUCAUUGCGAGUUUCUUUGUGGCCAGCCUUGUUGGCACAUUGAGAAUUCGAACCUACAUUAAUGCACAGAAGAUUAUUCCCUCCGAUUCGCGACUGCUGAGAGCAGACGCUCUUUGUGAGAAGUAUCAGUGGAAAGAGUAUGAACCUUUAUUUGUUUUUGUCAACAACCCCCCUGAUAUUUCCCAUCCGAAGUUGCUGAGAGAAUUGGAUUUGAUGGUUGAAGACUUUGAGACACUUCCGCAGGCAAUUGGACCAUCUGCAACAAUGUUCUGGGUGAAUGACCUGCGCAAGUUUGUGAAGGCAUUCCAAGAGGAUUCCACUGGUAACGAUUGGCUCACUGCCAUAGCAGGCGACCUUCCGUUAUCAGCUAGUUGGAUUCCAACUUUUCUUACGUGGGCUCCUUUCUGGAAUGCGACGCUCCGGUGGCACUGGGAAGACGAUAACUCAUUGGUAGUGGUGGAUUCGUUCUACUUUGUUACUGGUUAUUGCAAUUCGACAUCUUGGUUGGAUAGGGCAAGUUUAAUGCUGAAAUGGCGUGAGGCAGCAGCUAGGUGGAAGAAAUUUAACGUCACAAUAUAUUCAGAAAACUCACCUGUGUUUGAGGGUAUAUUUGGGCUUAAAGGGACAACAGUUCAAACAGCAACGAUAACUUUAGUGUGUAUGUUGGGUGUCUGCGUACUUUUUGUUCCUUCCGCAGUUGGUGUCGUUACGGCAGGAUGGGCUAUUUGUUCUAUCAGUCUCGGUGUUUUCGGUUUUCUCUCCUGGUGGGGCCUGGAUCUCGAUCCGGUGACAAUGUCAGCAAUCGUAAUGUCAAUUGGUUUUUCGGUAGACUACACCGCUCAUGUAUCAUAUCACUUCCAGAGAGCCCGUUUGACCCUCUCGCCUGAAUCUACAAAAACGGAAUGUCUUAUGUGCACGUUGGAUUCAAUUGGCUGGCCAAUGAUGCAAGCUGCCAUUUCAACUUUAGUCUGCUUUUUGCCUGUUGCUUUUCAUCACGACUAUACUCCAUCUGUAUUUGUUCGUACGAUUACUUUGGUUGUUGGUUGGGGUCUUCUCCAUGGUUUAGUCUUGCUUCCAGCCAUAUUUGCCGCUAUUCCGGAUUGUCUUUUCUUGCGCGACGAAUCAUAUAAUGCAACCUUGUCUUUACCUCCAUCGUGUUGUGGACUUGAAUCUGGAGGCACUUUGCACAAGAACUCAGAAACGUUUAAAAAAACUGAAGAUGCACCAAUGGAAGAGAAAGCAGGACUUCUUCAUUGUGCCAAACCAAUUAAUUCAUUCGGUCAGGAUCUGUCCGAAACAUAUGAAAAACCAUCAUAUCCUGAACAUAAUGUGCAAGUCUUACAAUUAGUAGAAAAAAAAGAGUAA